AUGGACGAUCAAGAUCCAGAGAUUGAGCAGGAGAACGACGAUGCGCUGCAGGACUUUCUAGGCACCACUUCCUUUGGCAAGCAGAAGCGGCAAUCAAAUGUGGGCAAACAGGUGGAGCUGAGUAAACGGCCAACAGCAGUGGUGGCAGAUGGAUCAAGAGGGGAUGAACAUGGCAGCAAGGCGGAUGGCGCGAAUGUGAAGGACUCCGAGAAGGAUUCAGACGACGACGACGACGACGAAGAUGACGAUGAUAGCGACGAUGAGGACGAAUUCCCCGUCUCACAUGAAAUGGUGAUCAAGACACACGACCGCGCCAUUACCGCGGCGACCCUGGACCCAUCUGGAGGCAGAUUAAUCACCGGUUCCAUGGACUGCACGCUCAAAUUCCACGACUUCGCCUCAAUGACACCAACAACCAUUCGCGCAUUCAAAUCGGUAGAUCCAACUGCUACCAAAGGCGCCGCGAAUGUGGAAACACAUCCAGUUCACCAAGUCCUCUUCAAUCCUCUAUCUGCCCAACAUGUCCUGGUCGCUACAGCUCUCCCGCAAGCAAAAAUCAUGUCCCGCGAUGGCGAAGUCGUCGCCGAGUUUGUCAAAGGCGACAUGUAUCUGCGGGACAUGCACAACACAAAAGGACACAUUUCCGAGGUUACGACCGCUACAUGGCACCCUACGGAUCGUAAUUUGUGUGUCACAGCAGGCACAGACAGUACUUUGAGGAUCUGGGACGUGAAUCAUGCGAGACAACAAAAGGAAGUGAUAGUCCACAAAUCGCGGGCUGCAGGAUCGGCUGGUCGGACUCGCAUGACAGCUGUGGCCUGGGCUUCUCCACUGCAAGGUGGUAACAACCUCCUCGUGGGAGCCGCACUGGACGGCAGUCUCGUCAUGUGGGCAGGCGAAGGACCGUACUCUCGUCCUGCUGCGGAGAUUCGCGACGMACAUGUGAAAGACACCUGGACCAGCGGCCUAGCCAUCAGCCCUGACGGUCGCAGUGUUGUUACUCGAGGCGGUGACGAUACCAUCAAACUCUGGGACACUCGCAAGUUCAAGUCUCCCAUCACGACGGUCUCCCACACCUCGACAUCCUCUCAAUACUCUACAACCAACAUUGCCUUUUCUCCAACGGGAGCCAAUAUCUUGACGGGCUCGGAAGAGGGCAAUUUACACAUUCUCAACCCCGCCACACUCCGUCCAGAGCUCGUCACGCCUGUCACUCCUGGAAGUCCGCUGAUAACAGUCCUCUGGCAUCCAAAGCUCAACCAGAUUCUCACCGGGUCCGCCAACGCAGAGGCUCAUCUACUUUACAACCCCAACACAUCUCUCGCGGGCGCGAAAACGGUCAUGUCCCGGGCCCCGAAGAAGCGACAUGUAGACGACGAUCCCAACUUUACAACUGAUCUGUCGCAUGGUAUCUCUGGGGAUGCCAUUAUUGUGCCAGGUUCGGGGUCUGUUCCCAGCGCAUCGACCUACGCAAGCCGACAUCCCACAGUAGGACUCACGGCCAGCGGCAAAUCGAGGGAUCCCAGACGACCGCACGUKCCUGUCGUAACUCCCUUCGCAAAGGGCAAUCCAGACGAGGACUAUGUGAAGAAUCACAUUGCACUAUCUGGGCUGAGAGAUGAAGAUCCUCGGGAAGCCCUGUUGAAGUAUGCCGACAAAGCGAAGAAUGAUCCGAUGUUUACGAACGCGUGGAAGACGACGCAGCCCAAAACCAUCUAUGCCGAAGCAUCUGACGAUGAGGACGAAGAGCCGGCUGCCAAGAAGGUGAAGCAAUGA